GGACAAAACCCCUUCGACCUGGAGUUUGACCAGUCCAACCACCUGGAGCCUGUCUUCAACUUCGAGUGCCCAUCCCGUCCUGACAUGCCUUCCAGCCAACCCAUCGACAUCCCUGAUGCCAAGAAAAGGAACAAGAAGAAGAAGCGCUGCAGAGCCACCGACAGCUUCUCUGGCAGGUUCGAAGAUGUUUACCAGCUGCAGGAGGAGGUGCUGGGGGAAGGGGCCCACGCCAGAGUCCAGUCCUGCGUGAACCUCAUCACCAACAAGGAGUAUGCCGUGAAGAUCAUAGAGAAGCGGCUGGGGCAUAUCCGCAGCAGGGUCUUCCGGGAGGUGGAGAUGCUGUACCAGUGCCAGGGACACAGGAACGUCCUGGAGCUGAUCGAGUUUUUUGAGGAGGAGGAGAGGUUUUACCUGGUGUUUGAGAAGAUGCGAGGAGGCUCCAUCCUGACCCACAUCCACCGGAGACGCCACUUCAAUGAGCUGGAGGCCAGCGUGGUGGUGCGGGACAUCGCCAGCGCCCUGCACUUUUUGCACAACAAAGGAAUCGCACACAGGGAUCUAAAACCUGAAAACAUUCUGUGUGAGAGCCCGGACCAG